GUCGACAAGAGAGUUAUGAAGAAACUUCAAUCUUACGAGAACAAUUAACAACUUCUUUGGAACAAAUAGAAACUUUCUUUGUAGAAUUUAAUCAAGCACGUGAUUUACUAACAGAACUUUCUACAUUUUUAUUUCAAACUGAAAAUAGGUUUCAAGAUCUUUAA